AAAUUUUUUUUUCGCAGCAGUUCGCUACUCGCUCCCUCUCAUGUUUUGUUUUGCGUUGUGUUAUCUCGAAAGUUAGUUCCUAUCAUCGAAUUUUCUGUAAUCGAAUCGACGUUGAAAACAUCGUGCUUUCGUGCUCUCUUUGUCGUUCUAAGUGGAAAUUUUUCUGUAUAAUUUUGCGCAAAAGUUCACAGUGUCGAUCUUCUAACACUAUCAAUCGCUUAAAGUUAUACUCGAGCUUUAGUGACAUUUGUUCGUAAAUCAGUACCUACGCGAAUUCCUGUCGUAUAUUUUAGUGUGUUUAUCACGCGAUGAUAUAAAUUUGCAAAUAUGACAACAAGCAAUCAUCCUCGAGACACGCUUGUCCAUUUGGUGGCCGGAGGCGUAGCCGGUACGAUCGGUGCGGUGGUUACAUGUCCUUUGGAAGUAGUCAAAACACGUUUGCAAUCUUCGACGAAUACUUUCAUCUAUGAUAACGUUCAAGUGCCCAAAAUAGCAUCGAACGAUGGCAAUACUAGUCACACUACUUGCAAAACUAUCAGCUCCGAGCAGAGGAGACAUAUUAGUACGUUUAAUCAUCGUUUUUCCAACCACGUUUUAUCUUUUUCACAUCAUUCGACGCCGCCUUCCUAUCACUCGAAUCAGUCGAUGGGACUGGUACAAUGUAUUAAGAAUAUAAUUGAACACGAAGGUCCCAGAUCGUUAUUUAGAGGUUUGGGUCCUAAUAUUGUCGGCGUAGCACCCUCAAGAGCUAUAUACUUUUGCGCUUAUUCUCAAUCAAAAAAAUUUUUCAACGAGAUUCUAACUCCAGAUACGGCUGCGGUUCAUAUAUUUUCGGCCUCGUUUGCUGGCUUCUCAGCGAGUUCCUUAACUAAUCCGAUAUGGUUUGUGAAGACCAGGUUACAGUUGGAUAAUGCUAAAAACGGUCAUAAAUUAACUACUUACCAAUGUGUCCGAGGAAUAUAUAAUCAAUCGGGAUUUAGAGGAUUCUACAAAGGUAUUACGGCGUCGUAUUUCGGUAUCUCGGAAACUGUGAUACAUUUCGUCAUUUACGAAGCGAUCAAAGCCGAACUGAUGACGAAACGGAUGCAAAGACUUUCAGCUUUGGAUGCAGAUGUGAACGAACGUUCGUCACGUGAUUUCGUCGAGUUUAUGGUGGCUGGUGCUGUAUCCAAAACGAUUGCGUCAUGCAUGGCGUAUCCACAUGAGGUGGCCAGAACACGGCUGCGAGAAGAAGGUCUGAAAUAUCGCAGCUUUUGGCAAACUUUAUCGUUGGUGUACCAAGAAGAAGGUCAUCGUGGACUAUACAAAGGAUUGUCGAUACAAUUAAUCAGACAAAUUCCGAAUACGGCCAUCAUGAUGGCUACCUACGAAGCUGUGGUUUAUUUACUUACUACGUAUUUCGAUUCCAGAGAUGCGAAUAAUAAUUUUUACAAACCGGAUUCGACUAAAGGAUGAAUUCUUGGAUAAUUAUAGUUAUUACUUUCGCUUUACGCUUCCUCUUAUACGGUAUAAAGUACACGAAGAUGCUUUACAAAUGUGAUAACUCAUGAGUAAAGAAGAUAUCGAUCGAGCUGAAUUUGUUAUAUUAUAUAGAUUGUUUCUCUGAUUAUUAUGAUUAUUUUUUUUUUAAACAUUAUUUUUCCAGUAGUCAUUAUCGUAAUAUUUGUUUACUGAUUUAUACAUGUUUUUUUUCUCGUUCGUUUCGUUUCGUUUUCCCCCUCUUUUUUUCUUUAUUUUUAUAAUUUUUUAAAUUAUUAGUAUCACUAUUUGUAAUAGUCGUUACCAAAUAAAUUAGUAUUCUGUGGUUAAAGAGAAUUUUCUUCCACCAGUGAAUAUCUCGUGCGAUAGAUUUAGUUGUAAUUUUUGUGAUAAAUAGAAUCGUUUGAAAGUUUUUUUUUCAUAUUCUUUUUUUUUGUAAGUUUAGGAAAAAAUAUAUUCGUUUUAGAGAUAUAA